UGUCUGUAUAAAUAAAGAUAGCAACUGCAAGGUCCUCUGAGGUUCUCUUAAUCCUCCUCCAAGCUCCCGUCUCGCUCCGAUCGCCUGCUUGUCUUCCGAUAUGGCUCCUUCUGAACCUUCCGGAUCCAUCCAUGACUUCACCGUCAAGGAUGCCAAAGGAAAUGAUGUUGAUCUUAGCAUUUACAAAGGGAAGGUUUUGUUGAUUGUCAAUGUCGCAUCUCAGUGUGGGUUCACUAACUCAAACUACAAGCAGUUGACUCAGCUGUAUGAGAAGUACAAGGACCAAGGACUAGAGAUUUUGGCUUUCCCAUGCAAUCAAUUUUAUGGACAAGAACCAGGAAGCAAUGAACAAAUUGUUGAGUUUGCUUGCACUCGCUUCAAAGCUGAAUUUCCUAUAUUUGACAAGGUUGAAGUAAAUGGUGAAGGUGCUGCACCUAUAUACAAGUUCUUGAAGUCCAGCAAAGGUAGCUUUUUUGGGGAUAGCAUCAAGUGGAACUUCACAAAAUUCUUGGUUAACAAGGAUGGUAAAGUAAUCGACCGCUACGCACCAAUCACAUCUCCUCUGAGCAUAGAGAAGGAUAUCAAGAAGUUAUUGGAAGUUUCCUAAAUUCCAUAUGGAUGCAUCCCAAUGCAAAGAUCCAACUCUAGCAAGAAUGGAAAUUGAACGCAGUUUGAAUAAUGUGCCCAAGGCAGAAUACAUUUGCACACUGGUUUACUACGUUUGCGUCUGUGGUUGAUGAUCUUCUUAUUACUAUUCUAGAUACAUCCGCUGUCUCUUAUAAAUCAUCUAAACUCCAUAUUGCUGUUCAUUCAUCUUA